ACGUGAAACGGAGCCGAAUAAGGUAAAGCUGUCCAAACUAGAGCGGCAGCAUCCUGGAUAAUCCUGUGCGUAAAAGUUCCGUGGAGCGCGCAGAGGAAGCGCGCUCGUCUCUGACCGGUGAUGAGAAGAGCGGGUCAGGAGAGUCCAGUGUCCGCGGAGAGGAACCAUGGCGCUUCUGUCCCCGCUGCUGUGUCUUCUUGUUUCUGUUGUGACAGCUCAUGUGAUCGGGGCAGAGCGCGGAGCUGCGGAGGGCGUCCGGGGGAGAAGACGGACCGCCCUGACCGAGGAAGGCGACUCUGAGCGGGCACACAGCGACCCGAGUGACUGGGGGCAGGGCCACAGGAGCCCCAUCAGAGCGGCACCGUACAGCCUGGAGCCCGGGGACCCCGCGCCCGCCUUCUCUGUGCCCACUCUGGAUGGCCCGUUUCAGUACAAGCCGGGCGAGUUCAGAGCCUCCCUCAUCAUCCACGCCUUCACCAACAAGUCUGCCUUCCUGGAGAGUUUGUGGAGCUCCACUGAGGCCCUGGAAGCCCUGGUGCACGGGCUGCCCAGCACUGCCCACGUGCUGCUCCUGUCUCUGGACGACUCUGCUCCGUCUGAUGCCCUGUGGAUGAGGGAGCAGCUGUACCACGCCGCCUCACACAGAGGCUCCCUGAUGCAUAAGGAGACUCUGUCCCGGCUGCACUUCUGUCCUCUGUCUGUCUUCGCUCUGGGAAACUGGAUCCCUGCUGUGCUCUACUCCUGGAGCUGCUCCGGACACAACUGUGGACUCUCCCAGGCUGUGUUCACAUCCAGAGAUUGGAAAAUGCCUGUGGUGGUCAAAAGGCUGGACGCUCGAUAUGAUUGGCUGAUGGCACACUGGGAUCAGAGGUCAUACUCUCUGGUGGAUGCAGGUGACGGGUGUGCACCCUCUGCUGAUGUGAAGGGUGCAGUGGCCUGGGUGUCAGAGGACGGGUGCUCGUUCUUCACUAAGGUGCAGGCCAUGGCCAGAUCCAAUGCGUCCGGUGUCCUUGUGUACGCUGGAGCAGGACAGCCCAUCCGGGACAUGACGUGUGUGGGGGCAGAGUGUGAGGUCGCCCUGGACCUGCCCGCCGCCAUGGUGCACCUGGAGCCCUCUGUGGCACAGUCGCUACGCCUCGGACAGCCAGUGAACGUGUCCUUCCAGACCACUCCCUCCCCAAACGUCUUCAUCAGUAUUGACCAGCAGGGGGCGCUGGCAGAAGUGGGCUGGUUUCUCUACUCAACAUUCAGUUUCAUCAACUGGCAGGCUCAGUGGUUUGAUUUCCGCACCAGUCUCCUGAGCAAACUUCAGACUCCAGCCACCGUCCUGUCGGUGUUUGAUAAAGUCCAGAUGCAGGGAGAGAGUGGAGCCCAAGCAACACUCCAACUGCCCUCAGGAGUGUGGGACAGUCUGGAGCUGGACGUGUCUCUGUCUUGUCCCUCCAGCAGAGACUCGUCCUGUCCUCAGUGGGACCACACGGUGCAGUUGUUCGUGUGCUGUGACCCUCUCAGUGACAUGUGUAACCUGGAGCUGGGCCGAUGGAUCACCGCCUUCAGGAGAGGGACCGGACACUGGCUCACAGACGUGUCUCCACUGCUCCCUCUGCUGGACAGCUCCACCUGCUCCUUCACCAUGAAGACUGUGCCCUGGGCCAUGCCCUGGAUCGUGUCUCUGAACCUGCGCUUCAGUCAGACCAACAGCUCCACAGAAGGAAGCCCACUGCGUCCAUUUAAAGUGACUUCAGUGUUCAGCGGUGGAACAUUUGACAAAGAUUAUAAUAAAAGAUAUCAGCCCUUUAAAUUCAGUGUUCCAGUCUCUGCCAAAAAGGUGGAGCUGUAUGCAGUGGUCACGGGACACGGCAGCGAUGAGAACGGCUGUGGAGAGUUCUGUGUCACCUCCCAUCACUUCACCGUCAACUCCGUCUACAACCACACGCUCACGUUCGACACAGCAGGUUCUCCUCUGGGCUGCACCCUGAAGGUCCCAGACGGCGCUGUUCCCAAUGAGCACGGCACCUGGCUGUACGGCAGAGGAGGCUGGUGUGACGGGCUGCAGGUCGCCCCCUGGAGGGUGGACCUCACUAAGCAGGUGGACCAGAGCAACUCCCUCGUGUACUGUGGUCUGUUUGAGGGCAGAGACCCAAACCCCUCUGCAAAGCCCGGUUACAUCAUCAUGUCCUCUUUCCUCAUCUUCUAUAAGUGACUGCACUCUGGAAAUAUUUCUAAUCAAAUACAAACAAUGUCAAUCAAUGAAAAUAAAAGUGUAUUUUUUUUAUCCGUA